CUACACCAUGGCAUUCAAUGGCAUCCGAGAUCUUGAGUCCGAGAAACAACUCUGGUCAGGGCAUUGUCGCGUCUCCAGGGCAUGGUUGGGUGUUAAUGUGACGACUGAUAAAGUCCUGCAUUUCGAUCUCAUCUUGAUGGAUGCCAAGGGGAAUGAUAUAUGGGUGCAUAUCCCACCAGUGCUGCAAGAACACUUCAAACGAUUGCUGAAGGAACAGCAGGUCUACACCAUUAAAAACUUUGAGCUUCACACGACCCAACUGAAAUAUCGCCCCAUUGCCAAUACAUAUAUCAUGUCGUUCUCCCGGAAGACUACUGUUGAGCAUGUUCCCGAUGUCCCUUCCAUUCCUGCCUUCAAAUUCAAAUUCCUCAAAGCAAGUGAGAUGGCAUCUAAAUUGAAUGAUGUGGUCGUCCUCUCAGGCAUUACUUAUGUUGUCAAACCUAAGCCUACGUUGUUUUACAGAGGGGAUGUUGUCAAAGUUAUUAUCUGGGGAAGAGUUGUAGCUGACUUUGAUAAGUUGAUCAAGCCUGGUGAUGAUGAACAAGUCAUACUGGUUGUGACUGCGGUUUCUGUCAAACCCUUCCUAGGUGAACUUUGCUUUAAUUCUUCGGGUUCAACAGUGUUGUAUCCCAACCUUGAUAUCCCAGAAGUAAAGGCUUUCACAACCAGAUAUCGUAUACAGCUUGAUGUUGAAAGCAGUUCUGUGCCAGCUACCUUUAUCAUCUUUGAGUAUGAAGCAAAACGCUUCUUUGGUGUCAGUGGUAAUGAUCUUUUCAAUAGGACGGGUCAGAACAAU